UUAUUACCACUAAAACAUAAAGCAGGUGGCCAUGUAGCCAUGUUUCGCAUAUCCCAUGGCGGGCCCUUGUGUAAAGCAAUCAAAACUAAUGAACACGCCUUUUAUCUUGAUUUACUCUCUAAUCCGUCGGUUGUCUCUUAUUUACCGCGCUAUAUGGGUAUUAUUUAUGUAGCUUUUGAUAGUCAACAACAGCCUUAUAUUGCUUUAGAACGUGAUCGACAACGACUAUGCCAAUUCCAACAUCAUUUACCAGCAAGUCCAGGGGAUUCAUUAUUACCACCUUCACCCGAUCUGACGCCGUUUAUGGUGAUGGAAGACGUCACGGCUGGUCUCAAACGACCUUGUAUUUUGGAUCUAAAAAUGGGAACAAGACAACAUGGUGUUUAUGUGACGCCUGAAAAGAUGAAAAGUCAACAAUACAAGUGUUAUCAUUCGACAAGUGGGCAAUUAGGUGUACGCGUCUGUGGCAUGCAGAUC